AUGGAGCAGCCCGAGGACAUGGCGUCGCUGAGCGAGUUCGACUCCUUGGCGGGCAGCAUCCCGGCCACCAAGGUGGAGAUCACCGUGUCCUGCAGGAACCUUUUGGACAAAGACAUGUUUUCCAAGUCCGACCCACUAUGUGUCAUGUAUACUCAAGGGAUGGAGAACAAGCAGUGGCGGGAGUUCGGACGCACCGAAGUCAUUGACAACACACUCAAUCCCGACUUUGUGCGCAAAUUCAUUGUGGAUUACUUCUUUGAGGAGAAGCAGAACCUCCGUUUUGACCUAUACGACGUUGAUUCGAAGAGCCCUGAUUUAUCCAAACACGAUUUCCUGGGCCAGGCCUUCUGCACCCUCGGAGAGAUCGUGGGGUCCCCUGGGAGCCGCCUGGAGAAGCCCCUCACGAUAGGAGCAUUCAGCCUGAAUUCCAGGACAGGCAAACCCAUGCCAGCGGUAUCCAAUGGAAGUGGUCUUUGGAUGGAAAGUUUGAGAACCACUGGUCUGGAAGCCUCCGGUGGUGUCCCAGGGAAGAAAUGUGGCACCAUCAUCCUGUCCGCCGAGGAGCUGAGCAACUGUAGGGAUGUAGCCACAAUGCAGUUCUGUGCCAACAAGCUGGACAAAAAGGAUUUCUUUGGGAAGUCCGACCCCUUCUUGGUGUUCUACAGAAGCAAUGAGGAUGGAACGUUCACCAUCUGCCACAAGACCGAGGUCAUGAAGAACACCCUAAACCCAGUCUGGCAAACCUUCUCCAUUCCUGUGAGAGCGCUCUGCAAUGGGGACUAUGACCGGACCAUCAAGGUGGAGGUGUAUGACUGGGAUCGGGAUGGCAGCCACGACUUCAUUGGAGAAUUCACCACCAGCUACCGGGAGCUGGCCCGCGGGCAGAGCCAGUUCAACAUCUACGAGGUGGUAAACCCGAAAAAGAAAAUGAAGAAAAAGAAAUACGUGAAUUCUGGCACCGUCACGCUGCUUUCCUUUGCUGUGGAGUCCGAGUGCACAUUUCUUGACUACAUCAAAGGAGGGACCCAGAUCAACUUCACAGUGGCCAUCGAUUUCACAGCCUCCAAUGGGAACCCGUCGCAGUCCACGUCCCUGCACUACAUGAGCCCCUACCAGCUGAAUGCCUAUGCGCUGGCGCUGACUGCCGUCGGGGAGAUCAUCCAGCACUACGACAGUGACAAGAUGUUUCCCGCCCUAGGCUUCGGGGCCAAGCUGCCCCCUGACGGAAGGGUGUCCCACGAGUUCCCGCUGAAUGGCAACCAGGAGAACCCCUCCUGCUGUGGCAUCGACGGCAUCCUGGAAGCCUACCACCACAGCCUGCGCACUGUGCAGCUCUACGGCCCCACCAACUUCGCCCCUGUGGUCACCCAUGUGGCCAGGACUGCGGCCGCAGUGCAGGACGGCUCCCAGUACUCGGUGCUGCUCAUCAUCACGGACGGGGUCAUCUCAGACAUGGCGCAGACCAAGGAGGCUAUCGUCAAUGCUGCCAAACUCCCCAUGUCCAUCAUCAUCAUCGGCGUGGGCCAGGCGGAGUUCGACGCCAUGGUGGAGCUGGAUGGUGAUGACGUGCGGAUCUCCUCACGGGGGAAGCUGGCAGAGCGGGACAUUGUCCAGUUUGUGCCCUUCAGGGACUACGUGGACCGCACGGGCAACCACGUGCUGAGCAUGGCACGCCUGGCCCGCGAUGUGCUAGCCGAGAUCCCUGACCAGCUGGUGUCCUACAUGAAGGCACAGGGCAUCCGCCCGCGCCCCCCGCCUGCGGCCCCGGAGCCCUCACCCCCACGGUCCCCAGCCCGCACCCCCCCUGCCUCCCCCCUGCACACACACAUCUGA